GAUUUCCCCCUUGAUUUAGGCAGUUAUUUUAUAAUGUUUUUUCAAAAGCGAGUUCCAGUUAUUAACGCUGAGUUGUCAUGGCUAAACGUGCAGGUGUACAACAGCUGACAUUAACAAGUUUGAAGCAUACUCGCAUUUGAUUGGCUGGAGGCUAACAAUGCAUAUAUACUAGUACAAUAAAGCUGAAAUGAAGCAAAUGUUUCAAGUUUUACACAAAAGAACACAAGAUGGCAGUCGCAACGACAAGUACUAAUCUGGAACUUCAGCCUUCUUCCCAAAAUGGCGAUGAAGACGCAGCCCUUGCUACGAAACUUGAAACAGUAAAAGAGAUCAGGUAAGUGCAUAUAAUCCCAUUCAUUCGUGUGGUCACGCUUGCCUGCUUUGACAUUUGCGACUAAAUUAGCUACGGUAUAUAGUAGAUAUUAGUCUUGUCCUUUGACUUUCAAAAUAACUCUAUAGUAAACUCGUGAAAAGAUAAACUACUAAAAAUUCAAACUUAGAACGCUACAUGCCCGGAGUUCUACACAAUUUUCAAAUCUAUAUAAUUUUCAAUGCCGCGGCGAGUCUCGAUUUUGCCAAUUAUGUCAACGUCGAAAGUUGGCAAACAAAUACACUAGCAAUGUUGUUCAAAGCGCGGCCUUGCUGUAUAAUAAAAGAUACGCAAUGUUGGCUUUCGACAACCAUCGUGAAUGGACUCGGCGAAAUAAAAUUCGUUCGUUAAAGACAAAAAUCUUAAGUUAUAAAUAUACAAUUUGCAAUAUAUGAACUUAAAAAAUAUAACGUGAAGCAAUGAUGUGGCUCCGACUCCGUUCAUUUUUUCCCCGCAGACUUAAAACAAUAUGGAAUAAAGAUAACUUUAAGACACUAUAUAUUCGUUCUACUAAACUACAGUUAUAGGAUGUUUCCUAUAUCUUGAGUUAAAGACUGAAGUUUCAAAUUUAUAAAAUAUUCAUGCCUAUUUGAACAUAUCUGAUCAUGCAUAAUGUUAGAAGAGAGCCUAACACUUCAUUUAAAAUCUCAAAAUUAUUCAAUUCAGAGAAGGGCAUAUGGCGCAGACAAUUGAUACUCUUUCAUGUAACAAAUUUUGCAAUCUUCAUGGAUUUAAGACAAUAGUAUAACAGUAUUGUGAACAGAGGAUAAAUAAAAAUGACAUGAACAAAUGGAAUAUAUGCAGUAUACUCUAUAUACAGUACAUGCAUGGAUAAAGUCUCCUACUGUGGCUGUAACUAACUACCCCAACACUUGAGCUCUUUGUUAAAGGAUUUAGACAGGAGACAGAGCAGGACUCUUUUACUAAAUCACUUCAUUUUGUCUUUCAAAAUGUAUUCAAUUUUUGGUAUUGUACGAGGCCAUAUACAAAUUGAACGUUCAUGUAAUAUAAAAACGCGAAAACAGAACUCACAAACAGUUGUUUUCUAAAACAAAUGCACUAACUAAAGCGCUAUCUAAAACUCGUACGAAUCUCUUACCAUUCCAGUGUUGCGGUACAAGAAACCUUUAACUUUAAUCCCAACAGAAUGAUUCUAGAAGGAGAGGAAACUCAUCCUUAGCUACAGUUAUUAAGUAAACCAGUUGGUUAUAAAACUUGAACUGUUAAACUUUUGAUGGAUUAUUCACCAAAUUUCCAAUACACUGCCGUUAUAAAUUUUAGAAAUAUUUAGUGAAGAACUGUUAGAAUUGCGAGCCUAUACUAUAAUAGCAUUUUACUUUUUAUUGUUUUAUGAGUAAUGGGGGAUGUUAUAACAGAAAAACGUUGGAGAAAUAAAACGUGGACUGAUAAUUUCUCUUUGAAUACACCUCUAUAGAAUACGUUUCGGUGUUGAAAUUUGAGUGCAAGUUGCGCGGGGACAAUUUCCUGGGAAAAAUAGCCAUGAGGCAAGUCGCUGAUAGAAUCGUCCUACAUUGAAGACGGUGUUAUACGGGACGAUUCUCAACGAUGAUUCGCAGCGCAAAGGGCAGCCGAACCAAUCAAAUUUCGCGUAACUUUAUUUGCAUUGCGACAAAGCAAAAUACUUUGAUAAAAUCUUAACUUGGGGUUGCAAGUGUAGGAAGCAAAGACACGGGAAGAUUACAGAAUCGUGCCAGCUGAAAAAUAUAUAAAAAAAUUUCGACGUUUCGAGACGAAGGGCCCUGGUUAUUUUACAAGUGGUUUGAUCCUGUGAUCUCCGACUUUAAAAUACUGUGAUAUUAAUCGUGAACAUGCAUUAAUCAUGCAGUCGCGUGCAUAAUCUGGCGUAUUAAAGUUUUUCUUUACGUUUAUAUAACCUGGGUAACGGCAGGCCCACGCAAAAUAUGUUGUCAUUUAAUCAUGCACAGACAAAAAGCUCACACGUGCGGUAUUAGUGAUAUUGUAUAAUUAUACUAUACAUCUUAUUGUACGGAAAAUCCGAGGCAUUCAAACUUGAGAUUAUGUGAUACUGUUUAAGCUAAGAGUCGCGUUUAUUUAGGAUUAUUAGUCGCAUUUUAACAAGAGUCCACAUGCAUCCGCCAUGCUCGUGCUUUAAGGCCCACACAGACCGGACGCGAUUCGGCAACGCGACUUUUCAGUUUUCAAAAACAAAUAAAACCGUCAACGGAUAAAAAUUUUACAAGAUAUGCAGACCAAAUAACUAAAAUUGCUUAAGCAACUAGUUUAUUAGGCCACUAGUUUAGGACCUAAUGAGGGCCACUAGUUUAUUGGGCCACUAUAAUGGAUGAAUGAGGGCCACUAAUUUUUUGGGCCAUGCACUAUAGUGGAGGAAAGGGGGCCCCACUAUAGUUUAUCAGCUUUUGCUGUUUCAAUGUUUACUCUCGUUACAUAUAAGGUUGCCCAUUCACACACAAAUGUUGUCACUGGUUUCCAUAUCACAUAUGGUCGUAAAGAUUGAGUCACGAUCUUUCUCAUCAGCCGAAAUACAACAUUUUAGAACUGAAAAUACGCGGAGUGGUUAUAACUAGAGAAUACUUAUGAUUUAUAUGUGGUUUACAGGUAUAAACUAUUAUAAACUGGCCGUGACUCUAUUUUUACGAUCAUUACGACCAUAUGGAACCCAGGCUUCAUAAAAGAAAGAGAAUAAAACGACAUUUCUCAAUAGACACAGUCGGCUAACGUUACACCCAAGUGCACCUUUCCAGAAAGGUUGGGAGAUACAAUAGGUUACGGCACGGUUACGGCAAGGGGGAUACAAUAGUCUUGUCAUUUAUAACAGUGCCGUCACUUUGAAGGCAAAUUUGACAAGUGUUCUGAGGUUGACCAACCAAUACUGAUACUAAAAUUCAAAUGUCUUAGGGUGAAAAUGGACGAGUUGGACAGACUUAAAAACGUGUUAAUGCAAGAAUGGGAGACGACAGAACGAGAAGAUAAAUGCUUAAGAGAAUAUCAAUCAGAAAUGGAACAAUUAUUGCAAGAAAAAAUGUCACACGUCGAAGAACUGAGACUUAUCCAUGCUGAUAUAAACAUGGUAGGUUGCAGUAGCCAUAGCGUGUGCAACUGAGAUGAGCAAAAUUACGAAGGACUCAACCCGAUCGAAACGAAGGCAUACUAAAGGUGCCUCUACAGCUACCUUAAGACUAGACUUGCUCCAAGUCUCUCUUGCAUUGUCAUAUCGAUCCACUAUAGUGUACAUUACAUGACGUAGCACUGAGAGGCGGAGCGAGAAAGAGAGACUUGUCAACUUCGGAAAAUCUCGGUUCAAAACUGAAUCGAAAAUGCAAGACUUGCUUUAAUUGUUUUCCUUCAAUUUCGUCCUAUAUUAUUUACUAUAAUGAAUUAAUGUGGCCUGUCAACAUUCCCUGUGGGAAGAAAUCAGAGCGCCCGGAGAAAACCCACAAUUGUCGGAAGAGCGUUGACUGACUCUUUUCAUUCAUACCUAAGUGUCCAGGUUUGAUAAGGCAUUGAUAUGAAAAAUUUUAAGGCCGUUUGCAUUUGCAAUUUUUGCUGCGAUUUCCUUCUUCUGAGGGAUGUGAAUGAGUGGAUAUUAGUUGGGAAUGUUCAGAUGAGAGUAAAGGCCAUGUUACACGGUGCAAUUUUUCUUGCAACUUGCAAUGCAAUUUACUUUUGAGAGAUGUAAAAUUGCCAAAUACGAGUCUUCAUUACACUCCGCUGAUGUUUUCUCAACAUAUCGAAAAUUCUUCACUGAUUUCACUAAUUAACAUCUCUCAAGAGUAGAAUUGCAUUGCAAAAUUGCACCGUGUAACAUGGCCUUAAUACACUCGUAACUCAUCUACUCGUUUACAUCCAUGAGAAGAAAAUCGAGCCAUGAAAUCUCUCAUAUUAACACAUUGAUUUUUAUAUAUGUGCAUUUUACAUGCGUAUCUUAAGCCACAUUGGAGUUUUCCAGUUAGUUGGGCUCAUAUAUGCAAGAGCCCUAUAAUAUACUCACAUAUUUAUAUUUUCUCAGAUGGAAGGCACCAUUAAACAAUCGCAAACAUCAAGGGAUCGCUGUUUGGAGAAUGUACGCCGACUUCACGCGGAUUACACACCACUGAAAGAAGAAAUUGAUAAAAUGAGAGACUCGCUGGGUUUGGUGAAACUGCCUGGUCUACCUGACGAGGAUAAAUUGAAGAAAGAGUAAGCAUAUUUAUACACUACGGCCAUGGUGCACGAGACUAUUUCUGCUGCAACUUGCAACGCAAUUUCUAGCCGAGUGCUGACUCAUGCGUAAAACCAUGGAUAGUUAAAAAAAAAGCGAUCCAUGGUAAAAUCUAUCAACAAUAAAAUUGAGAAGCUGCCCUAGCCUAGCAUGCAUGCAGCUGAAUCGCAGCUGUAGGUUCGAGAAAAUUUUUCGUUGUUCUCUAUGGAGAUUAAUGCCCAGCAUAACGUACGCAAAAGAGCCAUAUAGACAAUAAUAUAGACAUAAAAUUUAUUUAAGAAGUACUAACGUUUCGUCUUUAACCUAAGACAUCUUCAGAGUAAAGAGUUAAAGACGAAUAAAAAAUUACAAAAUAAAUGACAAAUAAAUUUUAUGUCUAUAUUAUUGUCUAUAUGACUCUUUUGCGUACGUUAUGCUAGGCAUUAAUCUUUAUACUACGAUUACGAUUCCCGCCUGGUUCAUCACUUGCAAGUGUUCUCUACGGCUCUAACACUCUCUAAAGGUCAAAAGUAGGGGUCAUCCCCUUAUUGAUCUAGCUGUUACUACAGGAGAAAUCCUAAACUAAACUAAAUUUAUCUAUACUGCAUAGCUCUAUCAGUUCUCCUUGAGGUUUUGUAAGGUCCAUUCCCUAUUGAUUUAGAAAGAGAAAAUUACGACUGUUCUCAAAUCUGCAGUUGCUCCUAACAAUUAACGCUCUUCUCUUUUAUAGUUAUUUAAACAACAACCGAAGCCCACCGGCAUGGCUACCCUCACCGCCAGACCUCUUACCUCACUCGGUCGCUUCACAAAUCAUGGCGGCAACAGCAGCAGCCAACCAACUGGUGAGCAAGCCUCUCACCCCCCUGGAUGGCCGACCAUUCAGACAACAGCCUCCACCAAUGAAAUCGUGUCUCUCCUGCCACCAGCAAAUACACAGAAAUGCUCCGAUAUGCCCACUGUGUAAGGCCAAGAGUCGAUCAAGACAUCCCAAGAAAAAUAAGCGAAAACUAGAGGAAACAAAUUAAAUAAACAAUUCUAAACAUUGUAUGUAAAAUUAGUAGUGUAGAAAAUAUUGAAAUAUAAAGUAUCAACGGAGAUAAUAAGUCGGGGAAUAUGUUUACCACCACGGGAUGGGCUUAAUUAUUUUAUAGAAUCAAAACAAAUUCAAACAAAGUUGGUAAAAUAAAUUAUAAAACCUGGAAAGUGAUAUUCAAAGUUAGUAAAAUAAACUUUAAAACCUGGACAGUGAUAUUCAAAGUUAGUAAAAUAAAUUUUAAAACCUGGAAAGUGAUCUUUUCCUCUUGAUUCUUGUGUUUCCAGAAGAAUGCCUAUGUGUGUAGUUGAUCACUUGAAUAAAUUCAGCACCUUUCAUUCUGUAUGUCUGGAAACUGUAAGCCACUUUGAACCAAGACAAUUUUUUCUGACCAAACUAAAAAACUAACGUCUUGUAUGGUUUAUAAUAUCCAAAAUUGUAUAAAAUGUUCCACCCAAGAAGCCGUCAUUUAAGGGACUCUGGAUGUAAAAACAUGUCCCCGUUUUCCACCAGAGAAUUAUCACACCAGGCGAAAGUUACGGCUGGUGCCCUUUUCCUACACUUCACUCUAACCGAAACAGUGACAGCCCAUUUUGGGUACUUCCUCGGGUAGAAGAAUUUGCAUCACAGAUUACGUCAUCAGUUGGUUAUAGUGAUUAGUGUUGAGGUUAGGGUUAGGGUUAGAUUAAGGAUUAGGCUUAGAGAUAGGGUUAUAUCUGACGCCACAAACAACACAACUAGCCGAUCACGUGAUCAGUUCUCCUCUACCCGAGGAACUAGCCAUGUUGAAUAUCAACAUACCGCCCGCCAUAUUGACUUUGCAGUAAUAUAUAGAUAUUUGCCAGGUGAACUUGACCAGGCUUCUAAAAACAGUUCGCCAUAUUGUUUACGAGUGUCGCCAUAUAUCAAACCGAUAUUUUCAUGUACGCGAUAGAAAGUGGUACUGUUUUAGUGAAACUUUUUAAUGAAACGCUUUCAUAAAGAAAGAUAACGUUAAAAGCUAAUCUUACUAAAGCCCUGAUCAAACGAGAAUGAAAGUUGAUGACAGUAGAGAGUUUGCAUGAAAGUUUUCUCAAUCCCCAUGCUCGGAUCAAAGAGAACAAGGGUUGCAUGAGACUUGAUCACAGAAUAAAGACGACUUGAUGGAGAAUAGACCUUAUGCAUAAUGACGUCACAAGGCCUGAUGCCCGCGAGGAAUGCUGGUCUUAGUAGUCAUCGCCCGGGAAAAUUUCGAUAGUGGCCAUUUAAUUUUCCCGGGCGAUGACUACUAAGACCAGCAUUCCUCGUGGGCAUCAAGCCUUGUGACGUCAUUAUGCAUAAGGUCUAAUGAGUGGUCAUUACCACGUGUAGCAAACAUGGACUCAUCAAAAUUUGAACUAAAAAAGCUCAGCUCAAAGUUGACGAGAAUGCAUGAGAGUCGACGAGAGCUCGCGGUCACACGCGAGAUGAAAUUCUCCUAACUCUUAUCCUCGCUUGAUUGGGUUAAAACUAACUCCCCCCCUAUCUAGACCUCUUAGUCGUUUUUCUUCCCUCUCAGAGCCUGUAUUCGCUCAAUGAUUGGAGGAUGGGAGUAAUGGUAGGUGGAGUAGAGCUUAUCUGCAACAGGAAAUCCAAGGUUAUCCUUGUGCAGUUUGAUCAACGCGGACUCCAGUGGGUAAGCAUAACCAAGAUCCUUUCCAAAUCUAUCCGCUUGAAACUCGAAACGACGGCUGAGGACGGUCAUGAGAAAACCUAACAACUGCAAGAGAAAUUUAUUGUCAAAGAUAGGAAAAGAUUUCUUGGCAACAU